AUGCAGUACGGCGACCCCCAUUUCCUUGUUGACCGUGAUGACACCACGAGAAAAUGCAAUGGCCCGGUGGUCCCAGGAGGCUUUAUCACAUUUGUUGUCUGGGAAAAUGCCCCCAGAGAGCCCCUAGACUAUCAGGAGUUCUGGAAUAUGAACGAUUAUAUGCAGACUAAAUUCAACGCAUACAUUAGAAAGUUUUUACGCUGCGGCAUCAAGCCACGCAUACAUUCAAUAUCGAAGCUCAUUUUUGGUACAUUGACCGAAGAACUGCACAUCUCAGGGUUUUCGCAAGCCGCCUUCGUUGAGCCUACUGAAGAAUGCCCCGAUGCUAACUUUGCCUUAUUCGGACUCAUCAAGCCACCGGAAAAGGAUGAAUGGUGGCUCGACACUAAAGGGUGGGAAUGA